CUCGGUGCCAAGACGAAGUUGGCCCGGCUCCGUCAUCGUGGGAGUUUGGUAGUUCAGCCAGUUGCAACACGAAGCAUCAGCGAUUCAUCAGUGCAUCGAGCGUCAUCUCCACCUCGUAGCGGCACCAAUUCCGACAACAAUACCAUCGACUAGCGUGUUCGUUCAAGAUGGCAUCGUCCUCCACGCCAGCGACACCGCUGCUCUACGCCUGCAUAGCGCACAACACGACCAUCCUCGCAGAGUGCACCACAUCCGCGUCGUCGCAAACCUCCUCCCUCGCGUCCCUAAUCCUCCCCAAGAUCGACCACUCCGCCCCGCAAAAGCUCACCUACACCCACGGCAACCAUCACAUCCACUACAUCGCCUCGUCGCCCUCCGAAUACCCACCCGCGCAACCCACGGCAGGCGGGCUCACCUACCUGGUCAUCUCCGACGCGUCCGCCAUUAACCGGCGGCUGGCCUUUGGCUUCCUCACUGAGCUGCGCAAGCGAUUCCUCGAGCAGUACCCCGCCGAGACAACCGAUUUCUCCGAUCUACCCAACUAUGGCGCGGCCGGGUUCAACGGCGAGAUGAGGGGGCUGAUGGUGGAAUAUGGGCGGGUGAACGAGCAAGGCGACGAUGCGAUUACCAACGUGCGGAGGGAAAUCGAUGAUGUGCGGGGGAUCAUGACAAGGAAUAUCGAGGGGUUGUUGGAGAGGGGGGAGAGGAUUGAUUUGCUUGUGGACAAGACAGAUCGGCUGGGCGGCAAUGCGCGGGAGUUCAGGGUCAGGAGUAGGGGACUGAAGAGGAGGAUGUGGUGGAAAAACGUGAAGCUGAUGGGGUUGUUGGGGUUUGUGGUGGUGCUGAUCAUUGUGACGAUUGUGGUCUCGGUGAAGAGUGUCUGAGGGGAAGGAGGGUUGGAUGGGUUCCGGCUUGGUCUCAUGGCGUUU